AUGGCUCUAUCCAGGUUUGUGCCGUUGGGAUUUGAAGACGAUCUUUGGAGAAGCUUGGCCUCCGACUUGGAGCGUGUCAACCAACAAAUGCGGGGCAUAAACGACCGUUACAGCAGCCUUGUGCCAACCCAACCAUUGGACAUCGGCUGGAAUGAGGCUUUUAAAAUGGACAAUCCCAUUGUCACUGAUAAAGAUGGCAACAAGAAAUUCCACCUCGAAUUUGACCUGCGUCAGUUCAAACCUGAGGAAAUCCAACUGACGACUGCAAACAACAUGUUGAACGUGGAGGCGAAGCACGAAGAAAAAAGCGACGACAGAAUGUCGUAUCGGGAAUACCGACGUCAGUACACCAUCCCUGAAGGCGUCGACGUGAAAACACUCCAGUCAAAGCUGAACCAUAACGGCGUUCUGUCCAUUGAAGCCCCGGUGCAACAACAACAAGACGUCAAGAUCCCUAUUGCUCACAAGGGAAGUCUGUAG